AGGUGGCUGUCUUGCUAUUUUUUCCAGAAUUAUUCUGGUUUUAAUGAUUUGAACAAGGAUGUGAGUUUUCUGGGAACAGUAACCAUGGUGGUUCGUUCCCCGCUCCCCGCCCCCCCCCCCGCGUCACCCGCCACCCCCGCCACACAGUGCUGCCGCCGCCGCUGCCCACAAGUUAUAGUAAAUUUAUUGCUCCGAAAAUUUCUGUUGAAGGGAAAUAAAUGAAUACAUGAGUCUUUAAGAAGUGACUAUAGAAGUCGUGACAUUUAGGAAUGAAGUAUGGGCAAACCUAGUAAAAAGGUUUUUAUAAAGAUAGCGGGAAAGUUUUGAAAUUACAUGCGGGUCUUUUAAAAUGUAGCCGAGUAGCUACCAGAUGUCUCCGAAGAAUUCUGGGACCAGGCGAGAAGCUGGCAGGUCCUGAUUGGGUAGAGGCAGCUGCAUCCUGGCAACUGAUUGGCUCCACGGUUGCCAGGGGCUACUUGUUGCGUCACAAGCCCGGCAUUACGUGGUAGCCCACGCUGGAGGUCGGAGCUCGCCGGCCGAACUCGCUGACUGGAGCUGAACGUCACCAUCUCACCUGCUUGAGCUAUCCUCAAAAUGAGUAAGGAUGGGUCUGGGAGCUGUGGCAGCAUCUCUGCCGUGGGUGGAGCCAGUGGAGGCAGUGACCCACCGCCUCUGGGCAGGGUAGCUCUUGCUACUAAGUCCACACGAUCCAGGGUACGAAUCCAGGAUAUUGUACCUUGUUGUGUAAGCCAGCUGCUCACCUCUACUCUAUUUGAUAAUGUCUUCAAGAUUAGAGGAAUCGAGAUUUCCCAGGUCUCUAUCGUGGGAAUAAUCCGACAGGCAGAGAAAGCUGCAAACUGCGUUCUUUACAAGAUUGAUGAUAUGACCGCCAAGCCUAUUGAGGUUCGUCAGAGGAUCGGCAGAGAUAAAGCAAAGCAGGGGGUGACUCUGCUUCCAGUGGGGGUCUAUGCCAAAGUGUUCGGUAUCCUCAGAUGUUCUGCGGAGGUGAAGAGCCUUGAGGUGUUGAAAAUCCGCGUCCUGGAGGAUAUGAACGAAUUCACCACACACAUUCUAGAAACGGUCAACGCACACAUGGUGCUUGAUAAAGCUCUCCAAGCGGCCUCUGGGCAGAGCACCCCUGUUGCUCCGUUCGACAUGGAUGAAGCCCAGAAGCACAGUGAGUGCCACCCUGACUUCCUCUGGAAGGAGGUGCUGCGUUUGAUUCAAGAGUGUCCUCGACAGGAAGGCAAGAGCAUUGGUGAGCUCCUGGAGGAGCUUCGCAACCUGAGUAUUGGGACCAUCAAGCAAACCAUUAAUUACCUGACCACCGAGGGCCACAUCUACCCCACCGUGGAUGGGGAGCAUUUUAAAUCUGCUAAUUGAAGCAGCAAAACGUUUUUUCAUUUUUCGAAGACCCUUGCCUUCUGUUGUGACUGAGUUUGACUGUUUGACUUUUAGCAAGUAGUUUUUUUAAGCAAAAGAUCGGAACUGGCAUCCUUUGGAACCUCACUGCUUUUACAGUUGCAUUGGACUUUCCUCUUUUUCUAACUGUCUAUAUUUGAAACUCAGAGGGAAUUGGCAAUGGAUAAAUUCACUGGCCUUUUUGUAGGAUUUACCUGCAAGCAAACGAAAACACUCCUUGACGGACGAAUUUGGGGGAGAAAAGGUACAGAAAAAAAUUGAAAAAUUAUUACUUAGGUGUGUGGGAGCUUCUUUUUCUGAAAUAACUGCAUACUAGGAGAAAACAGAUUCAGUCAAGGAGCCAGUUAAGAUACAAAAAAAAAACAUAUUGUUUUUACAUUAGACUUAUUUUCUGUUUGGAUUUAGCUUAUUCUAGUCAUAUUGUUAUCUCUUGCUAAAUAUAGUAAUUGAUUAAUUCAGAUGUGCUAAAGAUAGCAAUUUAUGAAGUCAGGUACUCAGUUGAAGUGUUCACUGAAGGAUUUGCUCUUAUUGCCUUAGUUUUAUGUUUUUUAAAAGAUACAAUUACACUGUGUUUAAAUGGCAGGGUCACCUUUGACUACUUUUUUCUUAAAAUAUCAUUAGUUUAAUUAUUGUGUCAAAUACAAUGUGGUAUUUGGAUUAAAUUACAAUCUCUUGUACUUGCAUGGUACACAGAUACCAGACUUUGUUUUAUUUCUAAUGUAUUAUCUGCAGUACUAAGUGCUCUGUUUUAUG